AUGGGCGAACCUACAAUCACCGAAACAUCGCUGAAAGCAGCCUUGACGGAGCGACUCAAGGCAGUCCACGUCGAAGUAACCGACAUGUCCGGCGGCUGCGGCCAAUCCUUCACAUCACUAAUCGUAUCGCCGCAGUUCGCCGGCCAGAACAGUCUGAAGCGCCACCGCGCCGUCAACGCCGCCCUGCGCGACGAGAUCGCCGCCAUCCACGCCUGGAGCGCCAAGUGCCUGACGCCCGACGAGUGGCAGCGCGACAAGGACAAGGACAAGGACAGCGGCCCGCCUUUGGACGGCACGGUGCAGGGGCACGUUACCGGUGUCGAUGCGUGA